AUGGAUUCAAUAAUUUCACCUUUGUUGCCCAAAUCACCCUCACCCGGAACUUGUCUCCCGAAACCUCAUCCCCCUGAUCUACAGCGGUACAUGCAAAUUGGUAGCUUCAUGAAGUUAGCGCGGAGAAAACUACACCGUGAAUACAAAUAUUCAGACAAAGAACAUCUCACUUUUCGCUAUUGGAUAAACUCUGUUAUGCCAUGUUGGUGUUUCCAGUACAUGUUCAACACUUUACCAAAAGCUUUGCACUGUCUUUUGUGCAACACUGUAGAAGAAUUAAAAGACCCUGAUAGUAAACUGACAAGAGGAUCAUCUGAUGAGAGCACUGAUGAAGAUGAAGAACCUGACUGCCAUAAUAAAGGCCUUAAAUUGAAAAAAAAUGAAGGCAGUGAAAGAGAAAGUCUGAUUGGAGAAUCGAAAAGAAAGAAAAAUAAAAGGCCAUCAUUUAACACCAACAGAUGUGGAAAUGAUGAAGAGUCUUUUUUACUGAAGUCUUAUGAAACUAAAGAUAAUACUGAUCAAAUGCACAAAAACGCAUCGUAUGAUUCGCUUAAAAACACUAACAAACAUAGAAAUAUAAAUAGUAGUGUAGAUUUACUAAAAGAGACCCAAAUAAAUACUAUACAAGAAAAUUUACCGAAUGAAUCUCAAAAGCAAUUUAAUGAGCCAAUGAUAAUUAAAGAAAUUAUUGAUAACAAUGUAAGUGUGAUAAACCACCAUAAGAAAGCUCAUAAGAAAAUGUCAACGGUACUUAAGCUUUUAGCCCGAAGAAAAGUACGAAUAAAACAUAAAAAAAUAUAUAAGAAAAAAUUGCUAAGUAAAGCAGGACUUGGUUUUAAUGUAAUAUUGUUUUUAAAACGUAUGUUUUUAUUAGAAUAUGUUAAUACAAAGCCGAAAUGUCGAUAUAUUAAAAUUUCUACAAUAAAUGUAAAAAAGAUCCGAAGACUUAAAAGAGGAAGACUUAAAGUAAAAUUGGUUUCAAAGAAAAGCAAAGGCUAUCCUUGUAAUGAGAAAACAAAUAAAUUUGUCAAUAACAUUAAAAAUAAUACUAUAGAUACAUCACAUUUUAAUUAUGUAGAAGCAGAAAAUAGCCAAGAACAUACUCAAAAUGUACAGAAAAAAAUACAGAAAAACCAGAACAGUCAUAGAAACGCUGUAACUCUUAAAAGUCACAGUCAUAAAUUUGAAAAUUUUUACAAACUAUGUUGUUAUUUUAAUGAAAAUAAAUUUGGUAGUUCCAAACAAAAAAAGAAAGCUUUGGAAAAUUCAAAUUCAUCCAUUCUAAAUAAUAAAGCUAACUUUAAGCGAAGAAAAAAGAUUGAGAGUAACCCAAAUCAUAAAACUGAAAAAGGAAAUAUAAGCACACGUAAUUACUGUUUAUCUACAUAUUUAUUUGAUCAAAAUUGGAUUAAAGAAAAAAAAUCCGCGAUAGAUAUGAAUAAAGGGCAGAUUGCUAAGAGCGAUUUAGCAAAGUUACGAAAUAAAAAACCAGCAGCAGUUGAAAAGAAUGAAAACAUUGAGGAUUUUAAGAAACCAGUUCCUCUUACCACCAAUAAAUGUAGCUGUUCUUUGAAAAUAUGCAUUUGUAAUCAGAAACGACACAGUAUAAAAAACCCGGAAAAGGGUGUGACGGUGUUGCCGCUCGUUAAGUCUAGCUCAUGUCAAUACUCAAGUGAAUCUCCAACUCUUGCACACGCAAAUCAGAUUGAUGAACUGAAUGAUAUAUAUACAACGGAUUCACUUUCUAAGCCGUAUAAGGAUGCUGCAAUCAAUAUAAAGACGCAAACAUCUACUUGUGCCACCCAGUGCAGGAGUCUGAAUAAAUAUAAAAGUUGCAGUUGUAUCGAGAUAAACAAUCGGAGCAAGGAAUUUGGUGAUACAAUAAAUUAUGAAACAUGGUCCGAUAUAAAGUCCACAGUAACGCUUAGUGAAUACUCGUUUAACGAAGAUACUAAAACAGAUCUUACCAUAUGCAGUCGAGUUACAAUUGAUGAUUCCGAUCAAACAGAACCUUAUAAAAGAAGAAAUGAGAGUAGCACUAAAAGAAAAUAUAUAGUAACAAAAAGCAAUAAAGCUAUUAUUACUGAUAGAACAAAGUUAUGUGAUGUCAGUACUUUCACAAGUGACUGGUGGAGUCCGAUUUUUGAAAGGAAAGAUGUGAAGGAUAGUUUCAAAAGAAAUGAUAGACGGAAACAAAAAGACAAAUCAGUAUCGACUGAUGGUAGAGUUGUCACAUUUAUGAGUCGACCGCAAAUUAUACCUCAGGAUACAUACGAUAUAUUAUCACCAUCAAGGUAUCUUUUGGAGUCGCAGAAAUAUUAUAAUGAGCUGUUUUUGUCAAAAUUUUAUCCUCACCUCUUUCCAGUUAUUCCUUUAAAGGUUCCCAAAUUAAAUAAAAAAUCAAAUAAGACAAGCGACAAU